AUGGCGUCCCUUCCAAACGCACUGUCCCUCUUUCUGUCGAUAGCGGUCCUGGGUCUAUGCAUCUCAGCGCAGUCCAACGAUAAGCCAAACGCAAAAGUCUGGGCGGUUCUUGCGUACAUCAACCAUGGUGAAAAGACUCCCACUCUUGGCGGCUUCAAUACCGUCCUCACGCCCAUGGGAGCUCGGCAGAUGUGGAGGCAGGGGAGCGCCUUUCGCAAUCGCUACUUGGGCACCGAGAAUUCCACCUCAUUCUCAGAUUCAACGGGAAACUACACUAUUCAAGGCAUAGCCAAAGAUGCCAUCGACAAUGGCCAGCUCACCAUCAUGUCGCAGGCGGACGACUGGGUUGCCGGGGGCGCUGUGGCUUUUAUGCAAGGCUUGUACCCCCCGACUACGGACUCGUUCAACAACCUUGCCGGUGGUGAAGAGAUGGCCCAAGAUGUCUUGUCCGGUACGGGACCGAUUGAUUAUCCUCUAGGAGGAUAUCAGUACCCAAGUAUCGAGACUCUCUCCAUGUCAGACUCGGCAUCAGUUGCCAUCCAAGGCACUGUUGGCUGUUGGGCCUGGGAUACCAACGUGAAUCUGAUGAAGCAAACUGAUCCCAUAGGCCGCGCAAGGUCAACUCAGAGCCUCUAUAGGUCUCUCUUUGCCACCCCUCCUCUCCAGGGCACCAUAUCCAACGGCUCGGUCAAUUAUUGGAAUGCGUACAACAUCUUCGAAUAUGUCAACUAUAUGAAUACGCACAAUAAAACCGUCAACACUGGCUUGGGAUUCGCCAACACCACUAUUGGUGUACUCAGGAAGAACGCCUUUGAUCUGGAGCGGGCCAAGAACGGAGACAGCCUGAGCAGCGUCCCAAACUUUACUUACAACAAUAUCACCACUAUCGCCGGUCAAACCCUCGCCAUGCAAAUCGCAAGUUCGCUCAGUGCCGCCACCUUGGGAAGUCCUAAUAGCAAACUUACGCUCAUGUUUGGCUCCUUCGAGCCCAUGUUGGCCUUCUUUUCACUCAUGGGGCUCUACAAUACAAAUAACCUGCUUUCUGGACCAUUCUCUACCCUUCCAGACCCCGGUUCGGCCAUGAUCAUUGAAAUGAUCGGCCAAGACUCGGGAGACAGCGCCGGUUUACCAGACGCUCAGGAAUUCAUGGUUCGAUUCACAUAUCGAGCCAAUGCCGAUGUUGGCGAACAAUUUGCAGUCUAUCCACUGUCUUCAGAUAGCUCCGAUAGUCUGGUUAUACCUUUCACGGAAUUCCUAGGCCAGCUUCAACGUGUCUCUCAAGACUCUUUACAGUGGUGCAGCACUUGUCGGGCACUAUACGCGCCUUGGUGCACCUCAAGGUCCACGUCUUCUUCCGACUCUUCUUCUACAUCCAAGAACUCGUCCGUCAGUGCCCCCGUCGCCGGUGUUAUUGGUGCCAUGGUGACGUUGGCUGUGACUGGUCUUGCUGCACUCGCUCUUUAUUUCUGCGGAGUGUGUACUUUUGGACGACGCGCAAAAUCCAACUUGCGGAGCAGCUCCCCUGGCGGCUUCAAAGGAACAGACAAGAAGGCGAGCGAUGUCGACGUUGCAGUCACGAAGCGCGGAAUGGCGCACGAGAGGAUGGGCAGCUGGGAAUUAAGAAACGGGUCAGGCCGGCCACCGACUGGAUCUGCCGGCAUAGCGACGACGAAUCUGGGGAAUGACACGCACGACCCACGACAUUUUGAUGACGAGGACGACAUGAGCAUCAUGGCAGCGCAGCCCGUGAAAAUCCGCGAGAGCGUCUAG